GAAGUGUUGUGACGUCGGCAGCGUUGAAGGCAAGGCUCAGGAAUUCAGCGCAAAAAAAUCCUGCUCGACCUGAUCGACGACCAGCUCACAUUUAUCAGGCCCGCAUCCCCACACAGGCUUCAGUCCGCCGGGUCACUCUCACUCCGAGCACAGCAGGUGGUUGUUGGGAGUCUCUCUCUCUGUGGAUUUGCUCUCAGUGUUAAGUUAAGUAAAGUUUGAAUUGGAAGAUGUCCGCGCGGAGUCUUUUACCAGACGAGGCGGUGUUCGCUGACUUCAAGCAGCACUGCCUCUCCACGGACAGCUGCUGGCUGAACAAGUACAGCAACUCCAACAACGACAUGCAGGUGUGGGUGGAACAGCCUUCGUCAAAGAAAGGGAAAGACGUCCCCAAAAUCCACAAGAUCAAGUGCAAGAUGACCAUCAAGGACGUGUCCGCCGACACCAUGUACGACGUCCUCCACGACGGCCAGUACCGCAAGAAGUGGGACCCCACCAUGCUGGAGAGCUGCGACAUCGCCCGGCUCUCUGCUAACGCUGAUGUGGGCUACUUCGCAUGGGUUUGUCCAAAUCCCAUAAAGAACCGAGAUGUGGUGACGCUGCGUUCGUGGCAGGUGAAGGAUGACGAGUACAUUAUCGUUAACUUCUCAGUCAAACACCCGAAAUACCCUCCGCGCAGCGACCUUGUCAGGGCCAUUUCCAUCCUCACUGGCUAUUACAUCAAGCCCACAGGACCCAACAGCUGUAUCUUCAUAUACCUUUCACAAGCCGACCCCAAAGGUUCUCUUCCAAAGUGGGUGGUUAACAAAGCAUCUCAAGUCCUCGCUCCACGGGUGAUGAAGAGUGUACACAAGGCGGGAAAGAACUACCCCGAGUGGAAGCAGCAGAAUUCCCCCGACCAGAAGCCCUGGCUGAACCCCGAGCAGAACACGCUGCCCAUGAUGGACCCUGCCGAGCUGUCGAUACAGCGAGCCAACUCGCUGGAGAACGUGGACGAGAGCUCCAAGUUGGACGCGCAGGACAGCGAGGACAGCAGUUAAAUCGAAGUGAAAGAAGGAAGGACGGGUGGCCAGGAAGGAGCGAGUGGAGGAUGGACUGAAUAUCCUCAUGAAAACAAAAAGACUUGAGACCUUCUACUGUGUGACUUCGCCCUGAUCCUCCAGUUUCCACAACACAGUGCCGUUUGGGAUGAGCAUGAAGUACAAAGUGUUUACAGUCAUCUUAACAGUAGGAAGUGAGGACAGAUCAGGUUGCCAUUCACCUCAGUCUAUGUUGAACUAAGCUAAACAUGUCUCCAGUAUCUUUACAGCAGGUGUUACAGGUGUUGGGGUUUGAAUGUUGGCCUGGUGGCAGCUUUACAUUUACAAUGGCGUCUCUGUUGGGGCCUUGUACAGUCGCAUCUACGUAACAUGUGCACGAACACAUUUUUAAAUUAGAGAAAAUUGAGUAACCUUUAAUGAAGGACUAAAAUGGAAGUAAGAUGAAGUACUGUCAUCAGUGAAAGUGAAGUGAAAUGCCUAAAUUUCUAACGCCACAAUUGCUCGUUAAAAAACUAUUUACAUCAUCUUUUUAUUAGAAGUCAUCAAAAUUGUUGUAUCCUGAACUGAGCUCACGUAUAAUAGUAACUUUAGUUUUGUUAAAUCACGUUAUUAUUGUUGGUUACAGUUGGAAACCGGCUUCAUGCUAAUAAUAAUAAUAAUGAAAAAGAGCUCGGAGCAUCGACCGUGAAUCUGAAGAACAAUCUUUUUUUGGGGGGGGGGGCGCCUAAUCCAAAACAAAUUAACCCUCGCUGUCAUUACGCUUUCCACUGAUAUUGUUUUUUUAAAUGUGAAUUUUAUUGUUAAACACAUACUUAAUUUUAUUUAGUCAUGAUAAGUAAUGAAGAGUAAUUAUGCUCCAUCCUCUUUAUGUAAGACAGGAGGGCUGUGUGAAGGUUCAUUGUGAUGUGCAAUUAUAGUGUAUUUAUUGUAAUUCCUAUAUAAGUUAUACAGACUGUAGACUUGCAUUAACACUCAAGAAUAGGAUCAGCAGUUGAUCUGUGAGAAUAAAAAUGUAGUCGGGUUGUAUUAACACGUAAAAUGUAAAUAACUUUGCAUUUUUGACAGUUAAAUAUCACUUUACCUGAAGGCCUGUGAUUUUUAUGUAUUUAUUUGAAGUUACUCUAACCUCAGAUACGGCCAUGUUGGAGAAAUGAUGCAGGGGUGUCCAGAGAUCGUUUAGUUUUUGCUUAAGUUAAAAAAACGUUUCAUGGGAUUGAUUUUUUUCCUCACCUCACAUGGUUGACAUGCUUUGGUAAUCACUGUCAUGGGCUGCAUUCCUGUCAAAGCGACAGUCAGUUUCAAGAGAAACUAGCUCCUGACGUGGAACAAGCCAAGCCACUUGUCUCAGAACAAACCAGUUGAUUUCCAGCCCCUUUUCAAGCUCUUCAAGAACACAAAGACAAAGUUUACUAGAGUUCAAGACAUUGUCUUUUACUUGUCAAUGUUAACUUCUUUCAUAAAAAAGGAUUU